AGGGAGGGGGGCAGGCCCCGGCGCUGGGUUGGGCUGGGCCGAGCCUCUUUCUGGCGCUGCUGAGCGGCCUCCUCGAGCCGCCUCCGUGAAUCAUUCGCUGCCGCGCAGGGGCCUCCUUCGCCCGCCCAUGGAUUUCACAUAGCCUCUCUGCCCCCCCCCGGCCUAGUCCGCCCGCCCGCCGGCGCUCCUCUCCCCCUCCCUCCUUCCCUUCCUCAGUCCAUGGCGGCCCCCGAGACCCCGCCGGACGUGGCUUCGGCCUCCAGCUCGUCGCUCUUCCGCCUCCGCCACCUCCGCCUGGGGCUGGACCUGCGGCCUGAGGCCCGGGCCUUGGCUGGCUGCUUGGUGCUGGAGCUCUGCGCCCGGCAGGUCAGCGACGGCGGCAGUGGUAGCAGUAGCAGCCCUCGCCGCCACCACGACCCCGACCCCCGCCGGCGCCGCACCCUGGUGCUCGACACCCACCCGGCCUUGCGGGUCGCCUCGGUCGACUUCCGAGCUUCCCCGGCCGGCGAGGGACGCUGCGGCUUCGUCUUCCCCUCAGCCGCCGCCGCUUCCUCCUCAUCUUCGUCCUCCUCUGGGGGCAGCGACGGGGCGAACUCCGAGUGUCACGGCCGAGGCGGCGGCGGGGAUGGCGCCCCGAGGUGCUCUGCUUGGGGGUCCGUCUCUUUCUCCGCCGCCGCCGAGCUGUCAAGGCCGGAGAGGAGCGAGCCGCCUCCGCCGCGCUGCCCCUCCCCCCACCGCCCCCCAGGCCUGACAGGCUGCCCCUCCCCCACACCCCUCUCGGACCCCCACCCCCACUGCCCCCUCAGCCCCCCUAGCGCACUUUCGGCCUUAGGGCCCCUGGGCUCCGCCCCGCCCGCGGACUCCGAGCUGGCAGCGGCCCCCUACCCCCUGGCAGACCCCCCUGUCCAUUGCCCCUCAGCGGCUGCCCACCCCUGCCAUCACAGCUGCCCCCCUUCCGCCCUCCCCGGCUGCCCUUUCACCCCCUUGCCUGGCUCUGGCUCUCAGGAUGGGGCCCCCUUGUUGGAGCCCAGGGGUGCCCCCAUGUGUGUGGCCACUCCCCGCUCUCCCUGCAUGGGCCCAGCCAGCCCCUUCAACCACUUGGUCUGUUCCUUUCCUGAGUUUCCACUUGCUCCUCCGCCCAUCCCCACCUUCCCUGACCCCGCUCCACCGUCUCUGGCCCCUUGCCCGCUUUUCUUCAGAGUGGACCCCUUCACGGAUUACGGCUCGGCCCUCACCAUCUCCUUACCUUCGUCCCUGGAGCCUCACCAACCUUUUCAGGUCAUCAUCCGUUACACCACUGUUGAUGCGCCGGCGAUCUGGUGGCUGGAUCCAGAGCUGACCUACGGCCACUCCAAGCCAUUUGUCUUCACCCAAGGCCAUUCGGUGUGCAACCGCUCCUUCUUCCCCUGCUUCGACACGCCCGCUGUGAAAUGUACUUACUCUGCCAUUGUCAAGGCUCCUGCAGGUAUGCAAGUGUUGAUGAGUGCUACCCAAAGUACCUACGAGGAGGAAGAAGGCACCUACCAGUUCUACAUGGAAUAUCCAAUUCCUGCUUAUCUGGUGGCACUGGUAGCAGGGGAUCUUGUACCAGCAGACAUUGGUCCCAGGAGCAAAGUGUGGGCAGAACCAUGCCUGCUGUCAACAGCUAUCAGCAAACUCUCGGGUAGGGUUGAACGCUGGCUCAGUGCUGCAGAGAACCUCUAUGGCCCCUAUAUAUGGGGAAGGUAUGACAUCGUUUUCCUUCCCCCCUCUUUCCCCAUUGUUGCCAUGGAGAAUCCAUGCCUGACCUUCAUAAUCUCUUCCAUCCUGGAGAGUGAUGAGUUCCUCAUCAUCGACGUCAUCCACGAGGUGGCCCACAGCUGGUUUGGCAACGCGGUCACCAAUGCCACGUGGGAAGAGAUGUGGCUGAGUGAAGGACUAGCCACUUACGCUCAGCGCCGGAUCACCACUGAGACCUAUGGUGCUGCCUUUACGUGCCUGGAGACUGCCUUCCGUCUUGAUGCCCUCCACAGACAAAUGAAGCUCCUUGGAGAGGACAAUCCUGUUAGCAAGCUUCAGGUUAAGCUGGAGCCAGGUGUGAAUCCUAGCAAUCUGAUGAACCUCUUCACGUAUGAGAAAGGUUACUGCUUUGUUUACUACCUGUCUCAGCUCUGUGGAGACCCGGCACGCUUUGAUGCCUUCCUUCGAGCCUACAUCGAGAAGUACAAGUUUACUAGCGUUGUGGCCCAAGAUCUCUUGGAUUCCUUCCUGGCUUUCUUUCCAGAACUGAAUGAACAAUGCAUUGAUAGCAAAACAGGACUAGAGUUUGAACGCUGGCUCUAUGCAACAGGCCCUCCUUUAAUUGAGCCAGACUUAUCUCAGGGAUCCAGUCUGACCAGCCCAGUGGAGACACUCUUUAGUCUCUGGACCACAGAGCCUCUGGAUGCUGUGGCUGCUGCUAGCAGUGUCAAUAUCACAGAGUGGCGAACUUUCCAAACUGUGCUUUUCCUGGACCGGCUAUUGGAUGGGUCGCCGCUGCCUCAUGAGGUGAUAUCGAAGCUGUCUGAAUGCUACUCGGUUCAGUUGGAUGGCAUGAAUGCAGAGAUUCGUAUCCGCUGGCUGCAGAUCAUCGUCCGCAACGACUACUAUCCUGACCUUCACAAAGUCCGGCGUUUCUUGGAAAACCAGAUGUCGCGGAUGUACACAAUUCCGUUGUAUGAGGACCUCUGCACUGGCACCCUGAAGUCGUUUGCCUUAGAAGUUUUCUACCAGACCCAGAACCAGUUGCACCCCAACUUGCGGAAGACCAUUCAGCAGAUCUUGACCCAGGGCCUGAACCCGCUGCUUGCCAUGGACACGACAGCUGUUGCUGCAGACGCUCCGGCUGCCGGCCUUGAGGACAAAACCCCAGAAGCUGCACACAGUGCCAUUUCUCUCAGGGACGUAAAUGUGUCUGCUUAGCUCGCCAGCUCGUGCUGGGCAUUUGGAAGUGGAAGGGUAGGCAGGCAAGGGGCAUUGUUAACCAAGUGUAGCCCCCUUACCCCUUGUGCCACAGCUGGGGGACUGGGUUUCUUAUCCUCCCCCCACCCCCAUCCUAUACACACGAAUGUGCCUUCAGGUGCCUGAUGCAUUGGCACAGCCAGAUAUCAGGGAUGUAUCUCCUUCUAGCUGCAAGCAGGAACUGCUACGGGAUGGAUCGUUUGACUUGAUGCAUCAUGAAUGUGAUUUCCAGGGUGAGUUUUGUUCUCCCACUGCAAACGGGAAGAAUUCUGCUUCAGGCACAUGAGAGGUGUUGUGUGCUCCAGGCCUUAAGAGAGACAAAGUCACCACUGGCUGUGCUGACAAGGAAGUAUGGGGGGGGGAGAGAGAGAGACUAUUGGGAUCAUGGAGAUUUUGAAGGUGUGGCAGCGCUCUGCCCAGAACAGAGACUUCGGAAACCCUGAAAGGAGCGGUGCUGGUGGAAAUUUAUUUGUGCUCUUUUACAGUGUAAUUCAGGAGGUGGAGGGUUUAGAACAACGAAGAAUCUCUUUUUCAAGCAGUGUUUUGGUUUCAUCAGAAUGGUUGGACCCUAAAGAUUAGGAGGCAGGGGGAGGAUUCAGCAUCCUCCAUCAUGUCACUUCUGCCUUUCUCCUUUGCAGGAAGUUUGACACCCAAACUGCAACGGGGCCAGUUUUCUUAAACGCGGUUGUAAAUCCUUCAUUAGUGCCUGGAAUACAGCUCUGAAAAAACACACAUGUAAGAGUGACUUGCAUCCCUGUCUUGCAAAUUAAUAAAUGGGGUGCACUGGCAAAUUUGGGCACAAUCCACCAAUAACUUUCCACAUGUGUUUGUAUGCAAUUUCUGCUCGUGCUUAAAGAGGUCAGUGCAAGCGAAGAUCCUGGUGGGUUGUCUCUCUGGUCUGUUGGUGCUGCCCCAAAAACCCACAGAAGUGGACAACCAGGCUAAGCUUUGAGUUCAGAAAUGUCUGCUUUGUGUCCUGCUAGGCCGGUGGCUUGGUCGAGGACAUUUUUUAAAUCUCUUUCUCUCUGGAUGAGAAAAUGACAGUUGGAGAGGGAAGCCUGCUUCUUCCAAACCUGUCCCUUGAGUUCAGUGUCACGUUGCCCAUCAGCAAAGCCUUUCCUUCCGGACCAUUAGACAGAGUGAAAGAGAGACAGACUUGUGCAUUGCCCUUCUGGGGCAGACCAGCCAGCCAAGCUAGUAUCUAUCAAAACUGAAUGGAAAGUUAGCUGGAUAUUGAGGCGUUGGUGCAUCUUUCCAAAGAUGGUCGAAAGUGGGUAAAAUGGUGCAGGCGUAGGUUUUCCUGCUGAGGGAGUGGCUGAGUUUUUCUCUCAGGGCAUUUUGCAGGGACAAGAGAGCUGAUGAUUGAACAAAUAGGUUUAUAAAGAGGCUUCAACAAAAAGCUGUCGCUCAUGGGCUGCAUGUGGUCUGUGGAGGUUUUCCACAAGGUCCCUAUGGUGUCUCCUAUUUGGCCCUGACCCCUCCUACUCUAGUUCUAUGCUGGCUGCAGGAGGGAGCAGGGAGGCAGCAAAUAAGAGGCGCUGUGGGCCCAUCCAGAUAGGGAGUAUAGCAAGGGGCAAAGGUUUAACGCCCAUCUACCCCCAGCACCACGGUCCCGAUGCACAUCGGGCUCCUAGCGCCUGCAGUUUGCGUUCCCGAAAAAGGAUCCACUGAAAUGAAUUUGUUUUUUCCCUACACAAACUGAAGGUGUGGGGUCCCAAUCCAUGUUAAGUGCGCAAGUGUGUUUACAUUUGUAUGUUAAGGGUGUGUGACUGUGCAUAUCUCCCCUCCCCCCACUGCUGAAAAGUGGCUCCUGGCGGCCUCUGCAAAGAUAAUGCAGUUCUUGACUUGAAAAGGGUUCCUUAUCCCUGCCCUAAGGGGUGAAGAGGGGGCAUUGGUCCUCGUGCAUUGUUCGGGGGGUAGGCUGUUGUGUGGGACCUGCAGCACCGGCUCCUCGCAAUGUGUUCUUGGCCGGUUUGGGCACACGCAGCUCCCCUUCUCACUUGCAUGUGUUUUACCCGGCUGUUGCACAACCUCUGUGGGAUUUGCUCGUGCUAGUGGCCUCCACAUUCAACAGUCACAUUGGCCAAUGUUACCUAUUCGGGGGGGGGGGAAGAGAGAGGCUGUGUACCUCCUGGCAGCUGCAUCUUGUCCAGCACACCCUACAGGGAGAAAUGAGGAAUCUCAGGUGACCAUCUUGGCACAUGAAAACUGUUCAGACCUGCAUGCAGGUGGAGGUGCUUGCCAUUAACACCCCUGUUCUCCCCACCCACCCCCAUUCUUUGACUUUAAAUUAAUUUUCAAGUUCUGUUAGUCUUAGCCUCAGACAAAGUUUGAUAAAGCAAUAAUGAGUGCUGGGCAUAAGAAAGAAGUUUCAUCUUAUGUUGUGGUACUCUGAAGUUACAAGCAGCUCUUCCCUCCUUCACAACAGAGAUUAACUAUACUUAAAUUAUUGGGGAAUAUGGUGGGCUUCCCAUCCCCCCCGACACACACAGCCAUUUGUAUGUAACAUUGCAAACAAUUGGCCACUCUUGGUAUGCAGCACCUUUGACUGCGUUUCUCGUGUGGCAGAGACUGGCCAACUUAGUCCUCUGUUUUAUUGCAUUUUCCCCCCCUCUGAGAAUGUAUGCAACCCUGGUGGAAAUUCCUUUUAAACAUACAUUGAUGCCUUAUGGUAACAUCACUUAUAAAUGUUGAAUUAAAAUAAACUUUGUGACUUUCUGAA